AUGCAGGUUGAUCCUGGCGUUGCGGGUACCGAUGAAGCCCGAACUAUUUUAUUUUUAGCUGUUAGAAAACCAAAUGCUCUCCCUUAUACAUCAGAUGCACAUCAAAAUAUGCCAUUACCAAGCAGCAAAUUUGAAGUUAAGAAAAUCAACGAGGGCCUAUUAGUUGAAUGUACGGUAUCACGGCAAACUGAAUAUCUUCUAAAAAUGACCCAAUUGGGCGAAUUUGAGGUAGAUAUCAAACCUCACGGCACACUCAACUCAUCCAAGGGUGUGAUAGUGUGCCGAGAUCUGCUCAACAGCACAAUUGAAGAAAUUAGAGAAGGUCUUAAAUUACAGGGUGUGUUGGAUGUUCGUCGCAUGACUACCAAACGCGACGGCAAGGUUAUGGAAACAGCCACCUACCUUCUUACCUUUAACACCCCGAACCUACCAAAAACAUUUAAGGCAGCCAUACAUCGCCUAGAGGUUCGGCCCUAUAUCCCGGCCCCAAUGCGAUGUUUUAAAUGCCAAAGAUUUGGCCACACCGCUUCCCGUUGUACUAAGGAAGAAAUAUGUGUGUGUGGAAAAGCAGUGCAUGAUGGUACUGAUUGUCCUCAACCGGUCAGCUGCAUAAAUUGCGGCGGACCGCACAACGCAAGAUCUCGCAACUGCCCAGUAUAUAAACAGGAAUUAACCAUACAAGAGCUGAAAACCAUUAAUAAGCUAAGUUAUAUUGAAGCACGGAAGCAAUAUCUCUCUUCGCUUCCAAGGACACAAUCAGGAGCCACCUACGCAAGUGUUAGCGCACCACCGGCUGCUCCUCCAAAAGAUUUGGCUCAACAACUUGCCCCUAUGAUCUUCCAAAUCAUGGAAAAGAUGAUUCAUGAAAAAUUAAAGAACAUAGUACCAUCGAUGGUACCAGCGUUGCCGCAGGGGCAAGCAAAAAUCCCUGCAACUCCACCGACACCGGCUGGUGGACAUUCUGGCACCAAGAGUGAUGUGGAUAAAGAUGAAGAUGACUCGAAUAUAUCACCCGCCGAGUCAGAACCACAAAGAAAGAGAGGCAGAAACAUCAAAAAGGAUGGUAGAGGUUGGCCGGAGGGAAAGAAACGAAGCUAA